GAUUUCCCAUUCUGUCGACCAGGGAUUACAGAAAAGCUCGACUCGGCGUUCUUCAUUUAACGUCAAUUGGUUCAAGGCCCGCCGUGGAGACAACCCUCGUCUCGUCGAAUCGGAACCCAUACCCGAGUCCUCGUCUGAGAGCUCUGUGACUUCAAAAUGACGGCGAAGGACAUCUCAUAUAGCGACAAGUACUACGACGACAAAUACGAGUAUCGCCACGUGAUUCUACCGAAGCAGAUCGCUGCUCGGGUUCCGCGAACUCAUCUGAUGACCGAGUCGGAAUGGAGACAACUUGGUGUCCAGCAAAGCCCGGGAUGGAUACAUUUCAUGAUCCAUGUUCCUGAACCGCACAUACUACUCUUCCGAAGAGCUAUACCGAAAGAGAAAGUCCCCGAUCAAGAGGAACAAGUGCGGAACGAUCACAUGGACUUCCUCUGAUAUGCCUGUCCAUAUGACCACGAUCGAUCAUCGACGAUUUCAAUAGUCUCACAAAUAGAAGGCCGAUGCGUAGAUGGUCUUCAACGAUCAUGUUAACUCAAUUCUUCUCGAAUCAGAGGCACAACACGACUGCAUCCGACUCAUAGUUAUCAUAGAACACCCGUUGUUACCGGAUCCCGAAUUCACAAAUCCGUUGUUGUAUAAAUGAAUUCAGGUCAGCCCAUCCGCGCUGUAUACUCGUAGGACUCAUCGAGACAGAUCCCGACUCCGAUUGGAAUAAAGUCAAUCCGCUCUAGGAACAAUGUUAAACCAUUGAUAAAA